AUGAUGACGGAAACAACAACACCUUCGGAAAAGAUUUUAAAUCAUGUUGUGGCAGUGGAUGAUGAAACACUUGUACUUUACAUUCAACCCUCGCCAUCUAGGAUGUUCAAUUUCAAAAAUUUCAAUAGUUAUAACAUGAAUAAUUGUACAAAUAUUCUAACGCCAUGUGCCUCGUUGGCGGAGGCUCUUCAAUUUGCUCAAAGAAAUACUAGUUUUACAAAGGUGUUGUUAAAAUUGAUGAACGACAGUGAUGGCAAUGUGACGUAUGGAAGCGAACAAUGUCUAAUUGAUGUGAAUGGAUAUUUUCGACAAGUGACGAUCACAUCUCUGAAUUUACAACAAAUCAUCACAUUGGAUUGUAAUUAUCAGAAAUUGAACAAACAUUUAGGUGCAGCAAAUUUGGUGAUUUUUGGAAUUAAAUUAUUCAGAAUGGAUCUAUGGUUGAUGUAUCCAACAAUCUUAAACUUGGAUGUGACAGGUGUGGAGUUGAAUCAUGUCCGUAUUUUAGAUGAAGAUGUGACAACAAUCACACCACUUCUAAAAACCAUUACCAUCUCUCUUAGCUCGAUCAAAAAUUCAACCAUUUCUGUUCAAAACAAGCGUUGGAUUGAAAUCAAAAGCUGUGACGUUUCAAACUCGAGCAUGUCCUCUAAAAUUUCAUCUAAAAUAUCAUUGACCUAUUGCAAAAUUGAUAAUUUUCAAUUUACAGUUGAUGAUAGGAUAUUGGCACUAAGACAGUUGAAUAUUGAUUUCAGCAUCAGCUAUUGCCGAAUCAUCAAUUCCACUUUUAUUAUUUAUGAAUUUAACAGCACUAUUUUUGAAGAUGUACAAUUCUAUGGCACUAAUAUUAUCCAGCACCUAUUUUCAUACGAAACAAAAUAUUCAAGAGUUACAGCAAGAGAUAAGGCAAGCUUUAAAUUUCAUGGCGUCACAUUUAUUUCGCUAGGAAAAUGUACAUUUACCGAUUUGGAAGCAUUGGACAAUUCUAACAAGUAUAUUAUUAGUGUCGAAACUACUUCAGGAUUACUUCUUGAUGCUGUCACGAGUUACAACAAUAGAGCUCCACUUUUUUAUAUUCGAGAAGCACAAGGUAUUCGAGCGUAUGAUUUAAAUUUCACAAAUAACGUAGGCCCAUGUAUGACUGUGAAAUCAAACCUAUAUGAACCUGUACCUGGCCUGACGUCUUCCUUUCAAAUUUAUUCAUCCACUUUUGAGAACAAUUUUUGUACGACUGAGGAAUGCAAAGGAGGAGCUCUUCAAGUCGUUUUUUACUUGCUUCACAUUCAAUCCUCUGUAUUGAGAAACAACAGUGCUUUUAAUGGAGGAGCCAUUCAUGUUGAGACGGGUCUUCUUUCAUUAUUUAGUGUGGAAUUCAUUCAAAACGUUGCGAGAUCCAAAGGGGGUGCUGUUUAUAUUGGUUCUGGAACGUUUAACAGUGCACCCCUUAGUAUUGCAUUUAAUUGCUUGUCCAAUAUUGCAUACUAUUCAGGAGGAUGUAUCUAUUUUCACUCACCCAUACAAUCACCCAUUAACUGGAAAGACGUCAUCUUCAAUCAAAACGAGGGAAUGUCUUAUGGAAAUGAUUUGGCAGAGUCAUUACAUUCCAUUCGAUUCGAUGUGUCUAUUCAGUACGCAUCUGGUAAUAGCUCCAGUUUUCGAAAUAAUCAAGUUCCUGAAUUAUAUCUGUAUCCUGGACAAUUAGUUUCUAGUAUUGAAAUAACGGUAUGGAAUAACGUAUCUGAGAGAGUGAAAUUCUUGGAAAAUCCGAUAAGCUAUCAAUUGGACGAAUCUAAAAAUGCAUUGCUCAAUUAUGACAAGAACCCCAAUAAUUCUCUGGCACUCUCAUCAUUGACCGUUGCCAUUUUCACACCAAAUGUUCGACAAGUAUUUCCAUCGAUUUAUCUUGACACCAAUACAAGGAUUGAUACAAUUGUUCACAUUGAACCAUGUCCUCAAGGAAAAAGUCUUGUCAAACAAGACGUGUUAGAUGAUGCAUGGAUUUGUGUGGAUGAGCCGUAUAUACCCUAUGAAACCAUCAUUGCUGUAGCCUCAAUUACCUCCAUUCUAUUAUUCUCAUUAUUUCUUCUUGCUCUGUAUGCAUUGUUUCGUUUAAUUAGAAACAUCAUUUCCAAACUGAAACGAUUGGAGAAGAAGGAGAAAGCUGAAAAGCUCAUGGAGUCAAAACUUUUGGAAAAACGAGUCGUGUUAAUGGAAGGACAUGACGAUCAUGAAUCUGCUCUCAGCAAUUCCAUAACACCUUAUCACUCACUUGGUGAAAAAUCACCAUUAGUUGUGAAUCAUCACGACGGUGACAAGCAGGAUUCAUCCCAAUCGAACAAUGGAAGUUCCUCAAAAAAAAGCGUCUCCUCUCACACCUCUCACCAUGCACGAGAAUAUUCACAAUGGAUCAUUUCCAUUGACGAAAUCGAAAUUAUGAAACGAAUUGCAGACGGUGCAAAUGGUACCGUGUAUUUGGCAAGUUGGAACGGAACUAAGGUUGCAUUGAAAACUCUCAAACAUAGUGAUGAACCUCUCGACGCUUCUAGUGAAGAUGAAGAAUUCGAACGAGAAGCAUCUCUAUUGGGAAGCAUUCGACAUCCGAAUAUUGUACAAUUUUUUGGAGUGAUUCUUGCAGGAAGCAAAAAGUAUAUGGUUGUGGAGUAUGUGGAGAGAGGAAGUCUCGAUCGAUUAAUCUACAAUUUGAAACAUGGAUUUGAAAAGAUGACUCUAUUUCAGAAAAUUGAUAUUUUGUUUGGAGUUGCAAAAGGAAUGAAUUAUUUACAUACACUGAAACCAAAGGGAAUUAUUCAUAGAGAUUUGAAACCUGGAAAUAUUUUGAUUGACAAUCAUUUCACAGCAAAGAUUUGUGAUUUUGGUUUAAGUAAGGCAUUGACAGAUUCCAAUUCAGCAACCACGAAUAUUGGAACAUUGUCCUAUAUGGCUAAUGAAAUGAUUGAAGGAAAUUCCAACUACAAUCACAAGGUAGACGUCUAUAGUUUUGCAAUCAUCAUGUGGGAAUUAUUCUUUGAAGAGACUCCAUAUCUGAACUCGGCCUGUGAAAAGCUUUACAAAUUUAUUGAACAAGGUGACGAUGUUUCGAGGUUUAAUGUCAUUGUAAAAGUAUUGAAAGGUGAGAGACCAGUGAUACCUUUUCGAAACCAUGAAGAAAUGAGAGAAUGGAUUUCCGUGUAUUUGAUAGACCAAACCAACACAUUACAAACAUCGUUGGAUAUUUUGUGUGACGUGACACAAGAAUUCGUUUCAAUCAUGACAUCUUGUUGGAAUGCCAAUUAUUCAGAAAGGCCUGAAUUUAGUGAAGUGUGUUUGAGACUUUCAAAAUUAUUAGAGUACUCAAAAUAG